UUUGGACCGAGGAGAAGGUCACAGGCUGUGUGAUUCAUUCUCUCCAGCAAAUCCUCAAAUUGGAUCACCCCCAUCAUCGUCUGAGUGAGAGAGAGAGAGAGAGAGAGAGAGAGAGAGUUGAAGAAUGGAAGCAGUAGAGGUGUUUGGGGAGAAGGAUUUCUUGGCAUGCUGUGGGAGCACUAGAUUCGCCAAAGAGAUGGCCUCUGCUGCUCCUUUCGCCUCUCUCCAGGAAGCUGUCGAUGCCGCUACAGAUAUAUGGUUCAACAAGGUUGAUAUCAAUGGCUGGCUCGAAGCAUUCGCUGCUCAUCCUCAGAUCGGUCAAUCUCCCUCUUCUCACCACAAAAGCCCCACCAGUGCACAGUGGAGCAAAGGAGAGCAAUCAACUGCUUUGGCUACUGCUACUGAUUCUACCUUGCAGGAACUAUCUGAUUGGAAUAGUCAAUAUCACGAGAAGUUUGGAUUUGUUUUUCUUAUAUGUGCCUCUGGGAGGAGUACCCCUGAAAUACUUGCUGAGCUGAAGCGACGUUACCAAAACAGGCCUCUAGCUGAGUUUGAGAUUGCAGCCGGGGAGCAAAUGAAAAUAAUUGAACUACGUCUUGCCAAGCUUUUUUCGACUAAAGCAGAGGGUGCUUCAACAACUAAUGCUCAAGAUAUUGCAACAAAAGCUGGAGAAGAUCGUGUGAGCAUCAUUGGAGCACAUCUGACCACUUCAUCUGAGGCUCCUGUGGCAAAACCAGCGGGAAUUCCAGUUAGGACUCGCCCGCCUAUCACAACUCAUGUCUUGGAUGUUGCUCGUGGAUCUCCUGCGUCUGGUAUUGAUGUACGAUUAGAGAUGUGGAGAGGCAAUCAAGCCUGCCCAACAUUUGGUGAGAAUGAAACAGGCAAUUGGGUGUUUCAAGGGUCUUCAACCACCGACAAAGACGGACGAAGCGGUCAGCUGAUGAGUAUAGUUGAUGCUUUGAAUCCAGGGACAUACCGGAUAAGUUUCAAUACGGGAAAAUAUUCACCAGGUGGUUUCUUUCCUUUUGUCUCUAUUGUGUUUGAAGUUAGGGAGUCGCAAAAGUGGGAACAUUUUCAUGUUCCUUUGUUGUUUUCACCGUUCUCUUUCACCACUUACCGUGGAAGCUAGAAUUUGUGUCUAG